CCGAUUCUUGAGAGAGUCUGCGCUCACGUUCACCUUGUUCAGUUCCAAUUCGUUUGAAAGAAGCCUCUCAAGAUCCAAUCUUGUAGAAAGAAGAAGAAGAAGAAGCAGCAGCAGCAGCAGCAGCAAGUAGUUCUCUCUCUCGAUAUAGGCAUGGCUUCGACUGGUAAGAUCGAAAAGACGGAGGAGGAAUGGAGAGCUGUUCUCUCUCCCGAACAGUUUCGGAUCCUCCGCGAAAAGGGCACCGAGUUGCGAGGCACAGGGGAGUACAACAAGUUCUACGCUGAAGGUGUUUAUAACUGUGCUGGAUGUGGGACACCACUUUAUAAGUCCACCACCAAGUUCGAUUCUGGCUGCGGCUGGCCAGCUUUCUAUGAGGGUUUCCCUGGUGCAAUAAAUCGAACGCCGGACCCAGAUGGAAGAAGAACCGAGAUUACAUGUGCAGCUUGUGGCGGGCACUUGGGCCAUGUUUUCAAGGGCGAGGGAUUUCCGACGCCGACUGAUGAACGCCAUUGUGUCAACAGCGUUUCGAUCAAAUUUGUGUCCGAGAAAUCCUCAUGAAACUCAGAGAGCAGGCUGUGGUUGGAUAUUAGCCAAUAAUGGAAAGAAAAAGAUGGGAACAGGCGAUGAAUGGACAUUAUGGUUUUGCCUUGAAAGUGUUCUCUGUUAUGCGGUCCAGAUGAACAUAUUACUGAAGAUUUGGCUUUGCAGUGAAAUUGAUUGAAUUCUG